GAAUCUAUCUUUUAAUCCCAACCCCUCCUCAAUUGGAAUUGAAUCAGAGAGGGAUGGUUUAAUGCAACAUGUUAUGCUUCUGGCACAGCAUGUGAGAGCAAUCACCUCAUGACUGUUAUCUAAUUUCUCUCUCUCUGUGCCCACUUCUCUCUCAUUAUUCCACACACUUGUCAUCAACUGGCCCUCAUCUCUCAUCAGUCACAGCGCAACCUUAACCUCUUUACAAAUCUGUCACCUUCCCUCUCUCUCUCUCUCCUCCCCUCUCGCUCUCUUUCCCUGUCAAUGUAUGUUUCAUGUACUGCUGCUGCCCUUCAGAGCUCAGCAUUUGCAGUAGUACUAUCAGAGACUUCACUUGGAGGAAGCACACAUUGACAGAUAGCUCAUGUCCAGUGGAGAAAUGAACCACAGCCCGAGCCCGAGCCCGAGCCAGAGCCAGGUCCCUUGCAGCGGAUCUUGGUCGAUCAGCGAAGAAUCAUUGAGGAGGUACGUGCACUUUGCGAGCGAGAGCUGCAUUCAAGAACUUCUGUCUGCUUCAGUUUCGAACAGGACUGUUCAUGGAAACGAGGGGUGGAAGGUUCUUGGAAUCAACAAAGGAGUGGAGAUAUCGAAACGGAGGUCAGGUUCGCUCCACACUUUCCGGAGCCGGUGGGUGCUCGAAUCUGUCUCCUCCCAGCAGUUCAUUGCCGUCGCAACUGCAAUCGAUGCUGCAAAGCAAUGGGAUUCCGAUUUGGUGGAAACUCGGUAUAUAAAGGACCUUGAAGACAACCUCAGCAUCAUCCGUCUCCGGUUCGGUGACAACUCGAAGCCUCUCUUCAGGAACAGAGAAUUCAUAGUCUACGAGCGCCGUGAGACCAUGGAGGAUGGCACUCUUGUGGUAGCAGUUGCAUCACUGCCAAAGGAGAUAGCAGCUGGACUACACCCAAAGCAGAACAACACAAUAAGAGGGCUGCUUCUGCAAUCAGGCUGGGUAGUUGAGAAGAUUGAAGACGAUUCCUGCUCGGUCACGUAUGUCAUUCAGCUGGACCCUGCUGGAUGGAUGCCCAAGUUCUUUGUGAACCGACUCAACACGAAGCUGGUCAUGAUCAUCGAAAACCUCAGGAAACUAGCACAAGAUACGUGACUCCGAUCGAUACAUGGCUAUUGGACUCAAUAACGGUCUGUGUUGGGAGUAUCAAGUGAUAAGUUAAUAACGGUAUAAAUGUGAUAAAAUAUAUAUAUAUAGGAAAGCAUGCCUAUAUAGCUGACAGCGCUAUCGUGAAGUAAAGAUCAUGCGAGUUAAAUAUAUCGCAUGCAUCAACUUGUAUAAUCGAUCAUGAAAUCAAUCGAGAUUCGCAGCACUGUAAGAGAAUUGGGUCGACAACGAAUUAAUCUGCGAUCAAAUGGAAUGAAUAUUUACAACUUGAAGAGAUUCCCAUGUGAUAUGAUA